AUGAACUCGAUUCUCCAAGUACUACUGUUCUGCGUUCCCUUUUACGACUUCCUUGAUCAGGUGGCAAAGCGCGCUGCGCACAGCUUCAAGUCCGAAACUCCUCUCGUGGAUGCCAUGAUCAUGUUCCUGCGCGACUUCCGACUCAUCGACUCUGCCGACACCGUCGACCAACUCCGUCUUCGGCUAAAAGGCAACGAGCUCGAGCAGUACGGCGACCCGCUCACACCCGAGUACGUAUACGACGUCAUAAAGCGUCUGCCUCGAUUCGACAAUAUGAAGAGGGGUCAGCAAGAAGACGCCGAGGAGUUUCUGGGCUUCUUGCUUGCUGGACUGCACGACGAGUGCGUCCACAUCAUCAAGAGUGGCAAGCAGAGCCAGUCCGCAGACGCCGUCGCAUCCCCCGGGACCGCACGAUCAGGCUACAUUGAUGGUGGAUGGGAAGAGGUUGGGCACAAGCAAAAAACUUCUAUUACACAAAAUUCUGGGGCGAUUGAUGUUGAAAGUCCCAUCACCAAGAUCUUCGGUGGCAAGUUGCGGUCGGAAUACAAGAGGCCAGGCGAGAAGGCCUCGGUCACACUUGAGCCGUACCAACCCCUCCAGCUCGAUAUCGGUGAGCCCAACACUAACAACAUCUCUGAUGCUCUCAAGAAUCUUACGCGUCUCGAGACGUUGGACGGUGCGGCUCGGGGUUCCAAAGCUUCCACCAAACAAGUACAUAUUGAGACCCUCCCACCAGUCCUCAUUCUUCACCUGAAGCGUUUUCACUACGACGAAAAGGGACCACAAAAGAUUUGGAAGAAGAUUGGGUACCCCUUGGAGUUGGAGCUGCCGAAAGAGGUUUUUCCCCCGCAUAAACGAAGCAGCUACCACAUCCAAGGAUGCUUCCCGCGUUAUCGCCUCAUUGGGGUCGUGUACCACCACGGUAAGAACGCAAGUGGUGGCCACUACACCGUCGACCUGCGGCGCCAGGAGGGCAAGGAAUGGAUCCGAAUGGACGAUACCAUCAUCCGCCGCAUCCGCGCCGAGGAUGUCGCUGAAGGCGGCGCUGAAGAGGAUCCCAAGGUCCUCGCGGCCGGACUCGAGCAACACCAGAGCGAUAUGGGGAUGAGCAAGAACUACUUUGCCCGGAUUGACCUGGAUGAGCAAGGGACGGACAAAGGAGGCUGGAACCAAGUCAGUGGAGCCGAGAAGCAAAAGGAUAGCAUCAAGAAAUGGACUGGUGCUGUCAAUGGCACGACAACCCCCAUCUCACCGGGCAAGAGGACGCCACUGCCCAGCGAGAAUGUGCGCGACAACAAGGUGGCCUACAUCCUGUUCUAUCAGCGCAUGGAGAAUUGA